AUGACAUUAAAUUUAGAAAACUUUUUAUUAAAAGAUAUAAAAAAUUUAUUCAACGAUCAAAAUUACUCUAAUGUAGUAAUUCAAGUUGGUCGACACCCUGAUACUAAUAACUUCAAAGCACAUUCUUUGAUAUUACGAGCUAGAUCAUCAUAUUUUCGGUCGGCUUUAAAAGCAAAUGAUGGUCAGGUAUCUACAUUAAAUUUACCAGAUAUUUCUCCUCGUGUGUUUGAACACAUUUUAAACGGAACAAUUAAUUUGAACUACACAUCACUGAGAUCUAUAUAUUUUGAAAUAUUAAUCGCAUCAUCCGAUCUAAAACUCACUGAACUAAUCGAUCAUCUUCAGACCCACCUUCUUACUAAUGAUGCCGAAUGGAUUCAUGCUAAUUUACUUAAGCUUCUAUACCUCACAUUUACUCAUCCAUCGUACUCCCGCCUAUCCAAAUUUUGUCAAAAUAUUUUCAACACGCAAUCAACACAAAUAUUUAGUUCAUCAGAAUUCCUCAAUCUAGAAGAACAAUUCUUAAUUAACAUAAUUGAACGUAGCGACCUUCAAAUUGACGAAAUAGUAAUUUGGGAAGCCGUUAUUCGGUGGGGAAUCGGAAAAUUGCCAUCUCUGAGUGAAGAUGCAAAGGAAUGGACGAAUAAAGAUUUUAUUAAACUAAGAAAAGUAGUAAAAAAUUUAUUACCGCAUAUUAGAUUUUUUAACAUUUCAGGGUUAGAUCAUAGAACUAAAAUCCGACCGUUUAAAAAAAUUUUGGGAAAGGAAUUGAGAGAGGAAAUUAAGGACUUUUUCUUUGCAAAGAUUCCACCAACAAAGUUUCAACAACUUCCACCUCGUAUUAUAGGAGAUUCGAGUAAUGAGAAUAAAAACCACGUUAAUAACCAAGUCGCAAAUAAUUUAUAUGCUAAUCAAGCUAAUUCAGUUGGAGUUAAUACUUCGUUGAGUUCUAUCAACUCGAUAAUUAUUGGAGAAAAAGGGUUCUCCAAAAUAGCAUCAUGGAUCGACAAAAAACAACCAGCUUAUACAUAUACACCAGCAGAAAUACCUUACGAUUUCAGGUUAUUAUAUAGGGGAAGUAGAGAUGGCGUAGCAAACGUGAAGAAAUUCCAUGAACGAUGUGGAAAUCAAGGGGCUACAGUUAUCAUCAUUAAAAUUGCCGAGUCUACACGAGUUCUUGGUGGAUAUAAUCCUGAAGACUGGUUGAAUGAAAAUGCGUGGGGUGAACGAAUGUUUAGUUUUAUUUUUUCUAUGGAAAAUGAUCAUGACGAGAAAGAUGUUGAUAAUAAUUAUCAUAAAAUGGAAACAGGAAAUAGUAGUAAUGAUAAUGAGACUAAUAAUGCUAUUGAUUCACCUAAAUCAAAAAAGGAUAACCAUGAUAUAGUGGCGAGAGUAAAGCUAGCCAAAUUCGCAAUCUGGAAUUCACAAAAGAAUCCAGGAUUUAGUUUAGAUUUACGAUGGUUUAGUGGUACCUGUACCCCUAAGGCGUAUGAUAAACCUAUUUUUGACGAUAAAGUAUUUUCCCUCACAGACUUUGAGGUGUUCAAGGUUGAAAAAAAGUGUGCAAAUGAUGCACAUACGAGGAAGAGAGCUAGAAUAACUAGAGUAGAGGAUGAAGAAGAGGAAUUGGAUUUUGAUUUAGAUGAGGGAGAUUAUGGUGGUGAUAAUGCUGAAAAGAGGCUUAAAUUGUAG